CCCGUUGGAAAAUAUUAAAAUUAAUAAAAAAGCAGCCCUCUUCGUUCCCUUGAUAUAUUUUUCGUUCCUUUCUCUCAUUUCCAUCAACAAAUAAAAAAAAAAAGAAAGAAAAACAAUCCUCGAAAGGAUCAAGUAUUAGAUCGAUAUAGGAAAAGAUGUUGCCAACUGAAUCAUCACGAGAGGAAAAUGUUUACAUGGCCAAGUUGGCCGAGCAGGCCGAACGCUACGAGGAAAUGGUAGAGUUCAUGGAGAAAGUUGCAAAAACUGUCGAUGUUGAGGAGCUGACUGUCGAGGAAAGGAACCUUCUCUCUGUGGCUUACAAAAAUGUGAUUGGAGCUAGGAGGGCUUCAUGGAGGAUCGUCUCUUCCAUUGAGCAGAAGGAAGAGAGCAGAGGAAAUGAGGAUCAUGUUACAAUCAUCAAGGAGUAUAGGGGCAAGAUUGACGCUGAGCUCAGCAAGAUCUGUGAUGGGAUUUUGAGCCUUCUUGAAUCUAACCUCAUUCCUUCAGCCUCAUCUGCUGAGUCCAAGGUGUUUUACCUUAAGAUGAAGGGUGACUAUCACAGGUAUCUUGCUGAGUUUAAGACUGGUACCGAGCGGAAGGAUGCUGCUGAGAGCACUUUGUUGGCUUACAAGUCUGCUCAGGAUAUUGCUCUUGCUGAACUUGCUCCUACUCACCCAAUUAGGCUGGGACUUGCUCUUAACUUCUCUGUUUUCUACUAUGAAAUCCUCAACUCACCUGAUCGUGCCUGCAAUCUUGCAAAACAGGCUUUUGAUGAGGCUAUUUCUGAGUUGGAUACAUUGGGUGAGGAAUCUUACAAGGAUAGUACAUUGAUCAUGCAACUUCUCCGGGACAAUCUGACCCUUUGGACAUCUGACAUCACGGAUGAAGCCGGAGAUGAGAUCAAGGAUGCUUCAAAGCACGAGCCAGGUGAGGGACAGCAGUGAUGAGAUAAGUUGAUAGGAUAUGAACUCUGUACGUUAUCUUGCAGGUUUUACAUAGAUGCAAUAUGGUUUGUCAUAGAAAGUUAUUUUUUUUAUGCAUUCACCAGCACUUGGAAUUGAAUUAUUAUGUGCUUUAUCAUUGGAGAACAAGAAUUGGUUUGGUUUUCAUUUGUCAAUGGUAAAAUAUUGCGUUUUCCAAUCAA